AUGGCCCCCUCCAAGGAACCGAAGAUAUUUAACGAAAGAUGCCAAGCGGCUGAUGAAAUGGCAGGAUUCACUGUGAGCUGGGAAGAAAAUGAUCAGAUGAAUCCGAUUUAUAUAAGCAAAUUUCGGCGAUGGCUAAUUACCAUGAUUGUCUUAUUUGGGUCCCUUUGCGUAUCUUGCACGUCUUCAAUGUACAGCACAACAUAUGAUCAACUUAUAAAAGACUUUGACUGCAUUUGCCCUCUGUUCUUGAGCCCUUUAUCUGAAUUUUAUGGCCGAAGAUACAUCUACAUCGUAUCAUUUACUUUCUUUGUAAUAUGGCUCAUCCCAUGCGCAGUGGCAAAGAAUAUCCAGACCAUGAUAAUAUCCCGAUUCUUUAACGGGCUGGCGGGAAGCGCAUUUUUGAGUGUGGCUGGUGGCACUGUAGGUGACCUGUUUGACCGUCAUGAACUUGCCUUGCCCAUGAUGCUUUAUACCGCGACUCCAUUCAUUGGGCCUGAGAUUGGUCCACUCGUUGGUGGUUUCAUCAAUCAAUACACUACAUGGCGCUGGACUUUUUAUGUACUCUUAAUAUGGGCUGGCGUUAUGCUCGUUUCGAUCAUUUUCCUUAUUCCAGAGACCUACCACCCAGUGCUUUUGAAACACAAAGCAGAAAAACUUCGUCAGGAGACCGGCGAUGAUAGGUGGAAAGCUCCAAUCGAAAAAUCGCAGAAAUCAGUGAAACAGACGGUACUGCAGUCCAUGUAUCGUCCCAUUCUGCUCCUAACAAUAGAACAAAUGUGCUUGAGUUUAUGCGUCAUUUCGGCAAUUCUUCUCGGGAUCUUGUACCUGUUUUUCGGGGCCUUCCAGCUGAUAUCCUCUAAUGUUUAUUCAUUUUCAACGUCACAAUGCGGCUUAUGCUUCCUCGGUCUCCUUGUUGGUAUGGCUCUCACUAUCAUAACUGACCCGUUUUGGCCUAUUUUGGGUGGGCCAUUGGUCACCACUGGGCUUUUCAUUUUUGCUUGGACAAUUUAUGCUGAUGUUCAUUGGAUUGUGCCCAUAAUCGGAAGUGCAGUAUUUGGUGCAGGGACAAUUCUCGUCUACUCGGGUAUCUUUACCUUUCUAGUUGACGCGUAUCCAUUGUUUGCUGCUAGUGCUCUAGCUGCAAAUAGCUUCACUCGGUCAACUUUCAGUGGAAUUUUCCCAUUAUUUGGGAUUCAGAUGAAAGCGAGGCUCGCGCUAACUUCUGGUAUAUUGUAUGAUAAACUUGGUUAUCACUGGGCAAUAUCAUUGUUGGCAUUCCUGACCCUUGUCAUGGCCCCUUUCCCAUAUAUAUUUUUUCGGUACGGAAGUCAAAUUCGAGGGAAGAGUCGUUUUGCGGAUUUGUAA